AUGGUCAAGAAAAUGGGUAGAGACGAAGCUAGGGCUGGUGUGGAGCGACGUCCUCCACCGAUGUUAAAGGCAGAGCGGCAGGCAGCUUUUAGGCGCAAAGUGCGGAACGAGCUGCUGCUCAGCGGUCGCGAACGGAAGGAUGCAGAGAGGCAGCGGAUGGAAGAGUUCCGACGGCUAUGUAAAGCGGAAGGUAUUCAAUCCAAGCGUUUGCAGGAGUACGACGCAAUGCGUGAGGAAGCGGCAAAUAAACUAGGUGAGAAGCUAAAUCAUAUUGAAUAUGAUCAGAGCCUCACGAACGCCGAAAAGAGGAAGCGGAGGUAUAACCUCAAGCGGAAUUAUGCCGGGCAGACGGUGAUGGAUCUCGUGCAGAAACAAGAAAAACAUCACAACGCCUUGACAAAAGUAGAAAAAAUACGAAAGAAGCGACAGGAGGAAAUCGAAGCAGCGAGGGUGGCGAAAAGGGAACGCGAUGAAAUGAAGGUGAAGCGAAUAAAGGAGCGUAUGGCGCAGAACGCCUUGUAUGCGCAAAGAACCCGUAAGGGCCAACCUGUCAUGAGUGGCAGAGUCGAGGCAUUGUUGAACAAAAUUCAACGAAAUCAGCAACAAUGA